CGCAACAGAAACUAUAACAAAUAAAUAAAACGAGUUUUUCCACCGGUCGGUGUAACUCAGUAACUCUUUUAAUGUGUUCCGUUAUUUGGAGCAGAAGCAGCAGUUGUAAAACUCAGCUCAUGUUUAACUUUGCGCUGACUGUUGAAACAGCUGAGCAGCCGGAAGUGAGGUAGACAAAGAACCAUCGAAGAAGAAGCAGUGCUAGCAUAGCAGUUAGCUUUGAGCUUCCUCUGUCAUGGCGGAACUAAACCGACAGCUUCAGGAAUAUUUGGCGCAGUCCAAAGGCGGCGGAGCCAAGACCAUCUCCCAGUCCAGCUCCAGCACGUCAAUAGACCUAGGUGACCCUGAGCCGGUACACGGGAGCUGGUUCGGACGGUGGUCUAGUCCAUGGUCCGGAAGUCGCGAUGGCAGUCAGUCCAGCUCCGGUGGCAGCGGCGGCUUUUCCUGGCCGUGGUCGGCGGAACCGGACCCCUGCCUUCCGGGCAUGAGCCGCCGGCAGCGUCUGGUGGCUUUCGGGGUGUGCGGGUCGUUUUCCGCUCUGUGCUUCGGACUGUCGGCGCUGUAUGCGCCGCUGCUGCUGAUCUACGCCCGCAAGUUCGCACUGCUCUGGUCCCUCGGUUCGCUGUUCGCCAUAGCGGCCGUGGCGGUGCUGCGCGGCCCGAGCAGACUGGCCGCCGGACUGCCCACGUCCCCGGGGAGCGCCGUGUACCUGUGCGCCCUUGGAGGGACUCUGUACGCGGCGCUGAGCCUUCACAGCACCGUGCUGACGGCCCUGGGAGCUGCCCUGCAGGUCGCCGUCAUCGUGGGCUACGUGGUGUCGCUGUUGCCCGGGGGAAGCGCAGGCAUCCGCUUCAUGGGGGGGAUGGCGGCGUCGGCCAUUAAAAGGACCGUUACUGGGAAAACCAUGCCGAUCUGAGCCGGAGCUGGAGCCACCACACUCAGGACAGCGUCAGGGCUCGGGGGUGGGGGAGGGGUGCUGGGAGGCUCCAGGUGACCUCAUGAUGACCUCAUGAUGACCCAUUCUGCAGUCUGGGUAAAGACAUUAAACCCGAGUCCAGAACUGUGAUGUGCAGGGCGGAUUCUAGACCAAAUCCAUUGUAAAUAACUAAUUCAAUAAAGUUUAUUUUCUCUGCUUA